AUGAAGUUCCUUGCCCUCUCAGCUGUUGUUGCCUUCGCUGCCUGCGUUUCUGCCAAGCCUGCUGGUCAUGUUGAUUUGGCCAAGCGUGCCAUCAUUGCCACUCAAACCGUGCUUAAUGGUGGUGAAACUCAAAUCCAAGUUAUUGAUGCCGUCGAAGCUACUGUCAAUGCCAUCACCACUGUUACCUCCACUGUAACUGCUACUGAGACUGAUGCUACCUUUAUUUUCUCCCACUCCGGUGACGAUAGCGUUAUCGUCCCCAAGCUUCGAUCUGUUCUCUCUGUCAUCGUUGCUGGAGACUUGCUUGGUCCUAAUGACGUUUCCACUGGUGCGUCCGCACCUUCCGAGGCACCUUUGCCCUCCGUAUCUUUGCCUGAUGUAUCCUUGCCUGAUGUAUCCUUGCCUGAUGUAUCUUUGCCUGAUGUAUCCUUGCCCUCUGUAUCCUUGCCUGAUGUAUCUUUGCCUGAUGUAUCCUUGCCCUCUGUAUCCUUGCCUGAUGUAUCUUUGCCUGAUGUAUCCUUGCCCUCUGUAUCCUUGCCUGAUGUAUCUUUGCCUGAUGUAUCUUUGCCUGAUGUAUCUUUGCCUGAUGUAUCUUUGCCUGAUGUAUCUUUGCCUGAUGUAUCUUUGCCUGAUGUAUCUUUGCCCUCUGUAUCCUUGCCUGCUUUACCCAGCGAUGACGAUAACCUUGACGGCGGUGUUUCCGCCAAUGAUGCCGGUGCUUCCGCCAGUCUUGGUAUUUAA